AGUCUGUUGCUCCUGGAUACUUUGCACCACGCGUGUGGCACUAAGCUGCGGGCAGCACUGAGCCUUCUUUUCUCGCUUAAUCAUCGGAGCCUCCUGGGUCCGCCUGACACUCGCCGCCAUGCCUGCGGAAAUCCUCAGCGGGAAAGUCGUGUCCGGGCAAGUCCGAGAACGACUGAAGAUUGAAGUUGCAUCAAUGAAGGAGAAAUAUCCAGGAUUCCGCCCGGGAUUGGCCAUUCUGCAGGUGGGAGACCGAGAUGAUUCCAAUCUGUACAUCAGCAUGAAGCUGAAAGCCGCAGCCGAGAUUGGGAUGAACGCCAGCCACAUCAAACUGCCAAAGUCUGCAACAGAAUCAGAGGUGCUCAGUAAGAUCAAGUCUGUAAACGAGGAUCCGGCAUUUCACGGACUUAUAGUGCAGCUGCCUCUGGAUUCUGAUCACCGAAUUAACACAGAGAAAGUCACCAACGCUGUGUCUCCUGCCAAAGAUGUAGAUGGACUGACCUGCAUAAACGCUGGGAAGCUGGCCAGGGGCGACCUUGGUGACUGCUUUAUUCCCUGCACCCCCAAAGGCUGCCUAGACCUGAUCAGACAGACAGGGUCAAAGAUUGCUGGUAAAAGAGCUGUGGUUAUCGGGCGCAGCAAAAUUGUCGGGGCCCCUAUGCAUGACCUGUUGUUGUGGAACCACGCCACAGUGACUACGUGCCAUUCGAAGACCGAGUCUCUGAGUGAGGAGGUGAGCAAAGCAGACAUCCUUGUUGUUGGAGCCGGUAAACCUGAAAUGGUGAAAGGGGACUGGAUAAAGCCUGGCGCCAUCGUGAUAGACUGCGGAAUCAAUUACAUCGCAGAUCCUUCAAAAGCAUCAGGCAGGCGCGUCGUUGGGGAUGUUGCAUAUGAAGAAGCAAAGGCGAAAGCGUCAUACAUCACGCCGGUGCCUGGUGGCGUCGGACCAAUGACAGUGGCUAUGCUCAUGGAGAACACGAUAGAGAGUGCAAAGCGUUACCUUGAGAACUUUCAGCCUAACAAAUGGAAUAUCGAGUACAACCCGCUCCGGCUACAGACCCCAGUUCCCAGUGACAUAGAGAUCUCUCGCUCCUGCGUACCUAAACAGAUUUCCAAGGUGGCUGAAGAGAUUGGUUUACUGUCUGGUGAGGUAGAACUGUACGGCCAGACAAAAGCCAAGGUGCUGCUAUCAACUAUCCAACGGCUGCGGGAACAGCAGGACGGGAAAUACGUUGUAGUAACUGGAAUAACGCCAACGCCCCUCGGAGAAGGGAAAAGUACGACCACCAUUGGGCUGGUGCAGGCGCUGGGCGCUCACCUUAAACUUAAUGUCUUUGCGUGUGUCAGACAGCCCUCCCAGGGGCCAACAUUCGGAAUUAAAGGAGGAGCAGCUGGAGGGGGUUAUUCGCAGGUUAUCCCCAUGGAGGAGUUCAAUCUGCAUCUUACCGGAGACAUCCACGCCAUCACUGCGGCAAACAACCUGGUGGCGGCUGCUAUUGAUGCGCGUAUCUUUCACGAACUGACGCAGUCUGACAAGGCUCUUUAUAACCGGUUGGUGCCCUCCAAUAACGGGGUGCGGAAAUUCUCAGAUAUUCAGAUUCGGAGACUUAAGAGGCUGGGAAUUGAGAAAACAGACCCCGCGGCUCUAACUGAGGAGGAAAUAAACAAGUUUGUGAGACUGGAUAUCGACCCAGACACCAUCACCUGGCAGAGAGUACUGGAUACAAAUGAUCGUUUCUUAAGAAAAAUUACGAUUGGGCAGUCCCCAACUGAGAAGGGCUUCACGCGCACAGCACAGUUUGACAUUUCUGUUGCCAGUGAAAUCAUGGCAGUUCUGGCACUUACAGACGGUCUAGAUGACAUGAGACAGCGACUAGGAAAAAUGGUGGUCGCUUCCAGCAAGAAAGGGGAACCUAUCAGCACUGAGGACUUGGGAGUGAGUGGUGCUUUGGCAGUUCUGAUGAAGGAUGCGGUGAAGCCCAAUCUGAUGCAAACGCUGGAGGGGAACCCAGUUUUUGUUCAUGCCGGACCCUUUGCUAACAUUGCCCAUGGCAACUCCUCCAUCCUGGCAGAUAAAAUUGCUCUGAAGCUGGUUGGUCCAGAAGGAUUUGUUGUGACUGAAGCUGGGUUUGGAGCUGACAUUGGAAUGGAGAAGUUUUUUGAUAUUAAAUGCAGAUAUUCAGGUUUGCGCCCCCAUGUGGUAGUACUGGUAGCGACAGUGAGAGCUCUGAAGAUGCACGGAGGUGGCCCAACGGUGACCGCAGGAGUACCGUUGCCAAAAGAAUACACGGAGGAGAACCUGGAGCUCUUAGAACGAGGCUGUAGCAACCUGAAAAAGCAAAUCUCCAACGCGACAACGUUUGGUGUUUCAGUGGUUGUUGCUGUCAAUGCUUUCAAAACAGACACAAAUGCUGAGCUGGAUUUGGUUUGCCGCAUCGCCAAGGAAGCUGGAGCUUAUGAUGCAGUGAAAUGUACCCACUGGGCAGAAGGUGGGAAGGGAGCAGUCGCCCUGGCACAGGCUGUGCAAAAGGCGGCACAGGAGCCUAGUGACUUUAAAUUCCUUUAUGAUGUGCAGCUGCCCAUUGCAGACAAAAUCAGAAUUAUCGCACAGAAAAUCUACGGAGCCGAUGACAUUGAGCUGCUUGACGAGGCUCAGAAGAAGGUUGAAUUGUACACGAAACAAGGAUUUGGGAAUCUUCCGAUCUGUAUGGCAAAAACUCACCUGUCUUUGUCUCAUAACCCGGAGCUGAAAGGCGUCCCAUCAGGGUUUGUCCUGCCCAUCCGUGACGUACGCGCCAGUGUUGGAGCUGGCUUUUUGUAUCCACUGGUGGGAACCAUGAGCACCAUGCCUGGACUUCCAACGCGACCCUGCUUCUAUGACAUUGAUUUGGAUCCAGUUACUGAGCAAGUCAAUGGAUUAUUCUGAAACAACAAAACUAAAAGCUCUGCGACCCCUGGCGAAAAGUGAAAUGAGACUACUCCUAACCAAAGCUUCGUGUCAAUCAAAAUUUUAGUCUUUUAGGCUGCAAAUAUGUUUUUAAAUGUUUUUGUUUUUUAUUGACAUUUGUCACCGGUCUUGUGUAAAAUACAAAACCUGAUUUUACAGGAUA